CAGAUCCGUUUCGCCACCAAAAAAGCCGGCGGCUCCACCAAAAACGGACGCACCUCGCAACCAAAAUAUCUCGGCUUCAAAGCCCUCCACAACGCAAAAGUCGAGCCGGGGAACAUCAUCAUCCGCCAACGCGGGACCGAAUGGCACCCCGGCCACAACGUCGGGAUGGGGAAGGACCAUACCCUCUUUGCGCUCAUCCCCGGCCGCGUGGUCCUGCACUACGAUCUCGAGAAGCGGAGACGGAUCGUUUCGGUGGAU